AUCUCGUUCACAUUUGCCGCCAUGGCCCCAACUCAAUACCUGGCUCUCUGGUCGAAUCUUGCCACCCGCGCUGCCAAUGAGCACCACACCAGAGUCCCUCUCAUCCAGGGUGUCGCCAUUGGUCUCGUGAUUCUGGCGUUCGUUAUCUGUACAUUGCGCCUGGUCAUUCGCCUGAAGAGACGUACUGCGAGCUAUGAAGACAGCUUCAUCGCAAUUGCCAUGAAAGCGGCUGCCGCUGGCUAUGGCGCCCUCAUGUCUACACUUACUGACGAACAACUGGCGAGAGCUCUCAUGUGGUUCUGGUGGGCCCAAGUACUGUACAAACUGACCAUUUGGCCUACCAAGCUGUCCAUCCUCUUCCUCUAUCUUCGCGUGUUCGGCGAUACACCCAAUGUUACAGCCUUCGGUGUCAACUUCCGCAAGUCUGUGCACGUGUUGAUGGCCUUCUCUGCGAUCUUCUGUGUUGUUACGCUCAUCGUCAACGUCCUCUCGUGUAUUCCCGUCAGCCACUAUUGGGACAAGGAUUCUCCUGGACAUUGUGGCGUGGAUCCCUUCAGCUGGUGGCUGGCACAGUCUCUCCUCAAUACCAUCUCCGACAUUAUAAUCCUUGUCUUACCGAUGCCAUUGGUCAAGAACCUGCUCAAGAUUCCUGCCCGUCAGAAGUUUGGUCUUUGCUUGGUCUUCUCACUUGGCGGCUUACAUUCGAUACUCGGGUUCGCUGACAUUUGCUUCAAGUNNGUGGUCAUUGUCACAAUUAUGCGCAUUACAACUUUCAAAACAGGAGGUCUUGGCGACGAUACUACUUAUGACGGUGCUGUUACUCUCUGUUGGACCAUAGUUGAGACCAAUGUUUCCAUCAUCUGUGCCUGUCUGCCAUUGCUCCGCCCGUUUAUCGCCCGUAUGAUUCCUGGAUUCUGUGGCGGCUCUGAUCUGCGCAGCAGCAACAGCUACCCCAUGGCUCAGCCUACCACUUCAGAUGAUGCUCCCAGAUACAGGCCUCGCAGCAGCCAUGUUCCUGAAAGAAUGCGCCCUCGUUCCUGG